CCCUUAAUGUCCACUGGGAACAAAUAAGAUUUUCUGAAUCAACGAGUGACGAGAAAUUGACAAAACCGAGUUGUGUCAUCGUUGUCAAUUGUAACGUAACAAUGGGGCCCUGUCAGCACUUUCAAUUGGAAGUAAAUACUCUUGAUUCUUAAAUAUAUCUACUUUAGCUUGUCUGGUUCGGUCGUUCGAGUCUACCACAGCCUGUGAACGCCUCAUUUUUGCGUGUGUCGUCAUCAAGGAAGCUCCAUCUGACGUUGUUCUGUAUUCGCACAGACACUGCACGAAUGUGUCUAUUGAAGUGAGGCGUCUGCUCUUUCUUCAGGGAUGGAGUCCCAGAACCUCACCUGCGCCAUAUGCCUGGAACGUUUCCGAUACCCAGUGACCAUCCCCUGCGGUCACACCUUCUGCAAAAACUGUAUCACCACUCACUGGGACACCAAGAGCAAGUCUGACAUCGGCCCCCAGUGCCCCAUCUGCAAUGAGAAGUUUACCACCCGGCCCGUUCUCAAACGCAACGUGUCCUUGUCCGUCCUGACUGAGGCUCCCAACAGCACCGGCCCCUCCUGCAGAGAGUCGCUCGUGAGGGGGGGUGAAGGGUCGAGAGCCAUGUUGCUGUGCGAUAGACAUAAAAAGCCUCUGGUGUAUUACUGCAGGCAGGACAAAAUGUCCGUGUGCUGCGAAUGUGGUAUCUCUGAAUGCGGGAGCCACGAGAAGGUCUUGUUGGAGGCGGAAAGGGAAAAUCAAGAGCUGCUACUGGAAAGGAAGAACAACGAGGUGGGGAAGCUCAUUGAAGAGACACAGAGAAGUAUAAACGACUUGGCCGAGAAUAUCAGUCAAGCUAAGGUCACUCUUGACCAGACGUCAACCUGGGUGAAUGUCAAAUUCUCCACCCUGAUGAAAAUCCUGGCCGAGAAGCAGGAGGUGACGGAGCUCUUCAUCCAGCAGCAGAAGGAGGCGGCCAUCACGGAGGCGGAGGUGCGCCUCGUCGAGCUUGAGGAGCGCGCCAAGAUGCUCAUAGAGAGACAAGGCCAAAUGGCGGCCCUGCGUAGCCUCUCCGACACGGAGCUCAUCAGGGAAUCAAUGGACAUAGAAGUCCCGCGCUUCGAGAACAUUCCCACGCACCUAACGCCGAACCUGCAGGAGCGGCUAAGCGGCGUCACGGACGUCCUGUCCCGAGUCUCCAAGUUGGUGUCCGAGGACCUGGAGAAGGCUGUGAGCACCGCUGUGGGUCAGGACAAAGACGGUUCUCCUCAAGAUAAGAGGCCAGUACUAGCCGUGGUUCCCAGUCCCGCUGUUCCGUGCCUUCCUGGAGGGAAGGAAGGCCUCAGUGCAUAUCGCUGCUCCCUGACCUUUGACCCACGCACGGCCAACGGCCACCUGUUCCUGUCCCAGGAGAACCGGAGGGCGGAGCACCUGACCUCCGGGCCCCGCCUCGUCCCCACCCACGAAGCCCGCUUCGACCACACCUGGCAGGUGCUCUGCUUUCAGGGCUUCACCCACGGACAGCACUACUGGGAGCUGGAGGUGUCCAAGCCGUGGGCCUAUCUCGGGGUUACGUACGACACCAUCCCCAGGAAGGAGAAAGGCAAGAGGUGCAUGGUGGGUAUGAACGAACUCUCCUGGAGCCUCCAACUGGACGAACAUCAGCUCAGCGCCUGGCACAACGGCCGACGGGAGAUCCUGACCGGCCACUCCCAGCACAGCCGCAUCGGCAUGCUGCUGGAUUACGAGGCGGGCACGCUCACCUACUAUGGAGACGGGCAGACCAGGCUGCACGCUUUCCACUGUGCCUUCACCCAGGAGCUGUUUCCAGCCUGCUGGAUAGGAGAGGGGGUCAGCAUCACCCUCUGCUCCACAUAAAAGACCGUUCAUAAAAGAGGCGUAGAAGGGAGCUGGAUUACUGGAAGCACCAUGAGUACAAACUCUAAACCAUUUAGGAGCUUUUUCAAAAUCGUUUCUCCUUUAAAAACACCUGCCUUCCAUCAUUGUUUUGAUCAGAAGGACUAACUGUGAUGAGAUUUCCUUUCCUGAAAACCUUUCACUUGGCAUCACAUUACUGCAUAACGACAAACAGUAGCCAAGGAAAGACAAACUGCUCCUAAAAGGCCUUACAGUUUUAGUUCACACUACUUCAUUCUGGUUGGUUUUAUCUUCCAUGUACGUAUGAAUUACUAUUAGAGAUAUCUACUUUCAGGUCGAUAAAGACCAGCUACAACUCAGCAUGUACUUUCACUACAUAAAAUAUUUUUUACAGGAACACAAUACGUACUCGCAGGUGGUUGAGCUCACCUGCAGGUGAGAGCAAAGUGAAUCCAACGUGUUGCGUUUCUGUUGAAUCGCGGGACUAGAACUAAGCAGAACAUUUUAGACACAGAUUUAUGGAGUGUGUGCAUUUUGGUUGAACAAAAACACAACCUUUAAAUCGCGACAGUGUUCACUGCCAGUUGCACAUUGGUCACAUUUCUUCUUGAGCGUAGUCUGCUUGAAAGACAGAAAAGCGUUCAAGAGUUUAAAUGAGACCUGAGAUCACUCUCACACUAUAAUGGUAAAGCAAUAAUGAAUAACUACACUUCAGUUUUUGGAUGGAUUAAAGGACCAGUGUGUUGCAUUUAGUGACAUCUAGUGGUGAAGCUGUACUGGUCGAUUUAAACAUAUAAAUAUGAGAGGUUCUUUCUAAGGACCCUCUCUUGAUCCAGUUUCUAAAUAUUCUAACGCAUUGGGAGGUCACUUUUUUAGUCUUAGGACAGCCAGGCAUCCCAGAAUGCAUUUCUCCAGCUGUUGCAAAUACAGAAUGACUAGUGCAUCGCCAUCGUCCAGUACUUCAGAGGUGGUAUUGGUAAUAAAAAAAAGCAUUUUAAUUCUUCCUUCUGGGCUGCUGUAGACACAUGAUGUCUCUGUGGAAGGAGACAUUCAUAUGAACGGCUCAUUCUAAAUUAGGAUCUCUUACUUACACACUGAUGUACAUAAAUACUUCUUUUAAUUUCCGAUAAUAGAUCUCUCACAUUCGAUGCACUGGGCCUUUAAUGUUUCUGCUAAUGAGCUUCUGCUUGUAGUUUUGUUUUUACUGCAAGGAAGAAGUGGUAUCAAUCAAAUCGCUUUUUUUUUUUUUUUAUUUUGCUCGUGAUCACUGACUCCUGUUCUAGAGUGGUUCCCCUUCUAGCCAGACAGAAACUGAUGAAACUCCACGUGUAUACAGUCAAAGCAGGGAAACGAGAAAACGCCAUGAAAACCCACACGUGGUAAUUCUCCUGGCCAUGCUUGACAUUUUUAAGUUAAGGUGUGUAGCUCAUAAAAUGUGUAUCAUGACAAUGAUGUAGUAAUCCAUUGCUCAAUUUAAUUGACUUUGCCCCGUUCAGACACGACCUUUCUAUCCGCCACACCCUAACCAGUGUAGAUAAACCAGCUGUACGUUACUACUGAGAACUCACGACUGAAGAUGGAACGCCGUGUUAUCGUGUUGGGAUCUUGAGCCCGAAUGCACAAACAAAUCACCCCGACUGCAGUCUUUCACCUCUGAUGCUGACGGUGUUGCGCUGGGAUCCGCCGUAAGCUCCAUGUGAUUUUAGCAGAUUUUGGGCUGCUUUGUUAUUCUUUUUUUUUUUUUUUUUACAUUGUGAGCACUUACAAUGUAUUUACAUUGUAUAGUUGUUUAGUUGAGGUACUAAAGACUCAGGACAUCAUGCAUGCUUUUGGGAAACCGCUGUGGAUUUGCACAAGUCGUCCGGAGGCGGAGGUGGAGGUGAGGACGACUGACGACUGGAGAAAGGAGAAGCACAUGUCCAGGCUGUUUUUGGCCCAACGACGCGAGAAAACGUCACCCCUCCUGCUGACCGCUGGAAUAUGUUUAUGUGAAAUAUGCUGAUGCGUUGUGAUCAUUUGCAACCGUAACACCCGGCGCGGAAAUAAAAGACAGACACAUCUGUUUCACAUGAAUCAAGAUCCGUUUAAUAAAAUCCUAUCCAAUGCAUACAUGCAUUAGUUGAGACCA